AUGUAAAAUUAAAAUAAGUAAGUGCUUGUCCCAGUUGGUGAUGGGUGUGAAGAAAUUGAAACCGUGGCAAUAAUCGAUAUAUUACGUAGAGCAAAUAUUGAUGUUACCUUUGCAUCUAUUAAACCUGUUGAAGAUGAAAAAGCUCCUUUGAUUGUGGGUAGAUCUGGAAUAUCUUUUAUUUGUGAUACGUAUUUAACUGAGACAGUUUUGAAAUAGCAAUUUGACCUGAUAGCUCUUCCAGGAGGAUUAUCAAAUGCAUAAUCAUUAGGAACUCAUUAACCAUUGGUAUUAUAGAAGUUUAAUUUGAUGAUAGUUGGAUCGAUUAAGAUAACAGUAGGAGGAAGGGAAAUGGAUAGCUGCCAUUUGCGCUUCUCCUUAAUUGGUUUUAGACAAGAAUGGUUUUAUGAUUAAUUCAACAGGAACCUGUCAUCCUGCUCAUGUUUAGGAUUACAAAGGAUAAUUUUCAGAGGAUAGAGUACAUGUUAGCAACAAGUUUAUUACAUCUAGAUCUCCAGGAACAGCUAUAGAAUUUGCAUUAGCCUUGGUUGAAUUAUUGGUAGAUUAACAUACAGCAGUUUAAUUGGCAAAAUCCUUAUUAGUAAAGCGAUGA